UUGGAAAUAAACAGCGUGGAGCCUCCAAAAAUGUUACGUUCCAUCGGAAAGUUGUUGGAGAUUUGUUCAGACGGCAGUAAGGUUGUGGAAUUACGGAAACCCCCUGACGGACCCAUAGGGUUUUAUAUUGGUAGGGGCACAGCUAAUUAUGAUUACGGUAUAUUUAUAUCAAGAUUUUCCGAUGAAAGUUUGGAGAAGUUAUUUUCCGGGUUGAUGUCUGUGGGAGACGAGGUGAUUGAAAUAAAUCAACGACCAAUCAGAGACCUGUCCCUCGACGAUGUUUACGGAUUAAUGGCCGACAAGAGUAAACUAGUGCUACGAAUCUUUCCCAUCGCCUCUCGACGCGACUUAUAG